UAAAUAGCGCCGCCGGUCUUAGAGAGAGCAUCACACAGCAUCCGACCGUCAAAGCGAGCACAUCUCAGCUACACCACACACGAAACAUACAUAUCUACGAAAAAUACAUCAUUAUCUAAUGUCGGCCAUCAGCAAGCAGAAGAACUUCAACACCAUGUACAAGUCAAAGGUAUCACCAUCCCGCCGUCUCAAGAACCUGCUGAAGCCGCUCCUGGGCCAUGUCUUCAACCUGAAGAAGGAGCAGCAGCCCAAGCGCAGCUCCUACAUCGCCUCCGAGGAGAAGGAGGCCGAGUUCGAGUGGCUCAGCAACGAUAUGGACAACAUGGCCAACGAGCAUCUGGAGAAUCGCCUGAUCGACGAGAUCCGGCAGUGUGCCAAGGAGGACGCCGUCAUCAUCUACAACGAAAACGGCUCCGGCGAACUGAUGACCAUGGAUCAGGAGGAUUACUACGUUCCAGUCCACUUCGCUCGCACCAAUGCCGGCACCUUCUUCUGGACAUCGAUUCAGCCCAAGUCCGAGCCCUAUGCCAUCGAGUGGAACUUCCUGGACCGAUGGGCUCAGGCGUGAAGCGACCUCUAAGCUGAACACAGGACUUCAACCUUGGACAAAAAAUGGGGGUUUUCGACCAACAAUUGGGACAACUCUUUGACUGGACUGGAGCUCGGUUCUCCAGCGGGAUGGGCACAUCAGAGUUUGGGCACUUCGACUUUGGGUUCAUCGAUCUUGGGCGCUUUUGGAAUUUUCAUGCUAACUGAAUUGAAAAGAUCCAAAAAGCGGUUGAGUAGCCAUACGAAUUAAUGGCGGGAGACAUCCUAGCAAUUAUCCUUUUUUUGCUGUGCAAAAUAGGGUUCCAAUUGCUAUGGAAAGAAAAUUGUUAAUAAACAAAAACUAAAAUAAACAUUAAAAAACAAAAAAAAACUA